GUAAUUGAGUUCUAACCCUAACAUCGAUCGAUUCCUCUGAUCGAUCCCACAACUAAUAAUUAGUAAUAUAAUGGCAACGGCGACGACAACCAUCUCCAUCUUCCCCAUCCUCCUCAUCUGCUGCAUCGCCGUCCAUCAUUCCGGCGCCCAGGCCCAGCAGCCGCCCGCAGUCCUCGACAUCGACGGAAAACCCGUCCGCACCGGCAGCAAGUACUACAUACUGCCGUUGAUACGGGGGCGCGGCGGGGGGCUGACCCUCUCCGCCUCCGGCAACGAAACGCAAUGCCCCCUCAGCGUCGCCCAGGCACGAAACGAGGUCGACAGAGGCCUCCCCGUGACCUUCAGCUCGGUGGACGGCGCCGCCGUGGUCCGCGAGUCCACCGACCAGAACGUCCAAUUUUCGGGUGCGGGUGCGGUCUGCGGGAGCGCCGUGUGGAAGCUGGGCAGCUACGACGAGUCGGUCAAGAAGUACUUUGUGGAGGGCGGCGGGGUGCGGGGGAACCCUGGCCCGCAGACCAUCAGCAACUGGUUCAACAUUCAGAAGUUUGGCAGUGGCAGCCGCGACUACAAGCUGGUGUUCUGCCCCACCGUCUGCAAUUUCUGCAAAGUCAUAUGCCGGGACCUCGGGAUCUUCAUUCACCCCCAAGACGGGAGGAGGCGCUUGGCCCUCAGCCUCUCUGACGAUCAGAUUCAGUCCUUGCCCGUUUUCUUUAAGAAGGCCUGACCGCGACGACGACAAAUUAGUUAAAAAAUACCACCCGUUUGAUUUAUUAUACUAAUAAUUAAUAAUAAUAAAAUAAAUAAAUGAUGAUUAUGAUGACAGUAGUGUAUCUGUAUGCAUAUGGAAUUGUAAACUUGGAUUAAUAAUUUAUAACAUAUAUAUAUAAUAUAUGUGGAUGCCGGCGGGUCUUCUUCUUUGCACUUUGACCAAAUGGCUUACCAUUAAUUAUUAUGUACACUUAUUGUUUUUUUGUUGAUGGUGAGAUGGGAUUUGAGAGAGAGAUUCAAUUUUGACUUAUUUCACUGAUAGUAGUAGCAGUAGUAUUAAAUUGUGUAAAUGCGAUGUGCAGUCAAACAGUAGCAAAUUUGUAGGAUUGAUGACAGUGCACACAAAUAUAUAUAUAUAUAUAUAUAGUAGUAUUAAAUAGUGAGGGUGAGGGUGAGGGUGAGGGUGAGGGUGAGGGUGAAUUGAUUGAGUAUCAAUCACGUCACGUGCUGCUGCACCGCCCACCACCUACACAGCACCGCCCGCCAUUACUCCUCUAAGUCCUAUCUAUCUAUCUAUCUAUCAACCAUUCAAUUAAAUACACUAGUGACAAAUGUCUCAUCAUUCAUCAAGGCAUGCAAGCAACAAAUUAAAGCCCAUCAUCAACCAACCAACCACAACAAUAAUAAUAAUACUCCUCUGCUCCUGAUUAUAAGUAUAUUCCUAAACGAGACAAUCAUCAUAUCAUGAUGCUGCUGCAGCUUAUGCUUAAAAAUUAGCAUAGGUAGUUGGUGCUAGCUGGCAGCCUGCAUCAAAGUCAUUGAAGAUCUGUCCUGUCCUGUCCUGUACUAAACAUGCACAUUACACAUGUAGAUGGAUAAUAGAUAGGGUUAGGCGAGUGGGCACUAACCUAAAUACCAGUCCACUUUGGAUUAGAUAUACAUAUGCGUACAAUAGAUUGCAUUGCAUAUCUAUAUAUCAUCAAUCAUACCAUAUGACGACAUCGUUUCGUGCUGCUGCUGCUUUCCUUCGCACGUCCGUACGCGAUGAAUAUGAAGCACCUGAAAGCAAUCCUCCUCCUCCUCCUCCUCCUCUCCGCACUCUUGUCCUCUCCUCCUGCCGCUUUUGCAGUGCCCUCCUCAAGAAGCCUCAAGUCAAUCACCGGUGAGACUACUUCUUCCACCCACCAUCUACACACUGCCUCCCACUUUCAGGAGGAGGAGGAAGAGUUUGAGAACGUGGAGGCAGCCGAUUACACAGGGGCAGGUGCCAAUAAUCACCACGAUCCGAAAACCCCGCCUUCACUUCGCUGAUCGAAUCAUCAAUUAUCUUUAUAUUUUCCCCUCCUCAAAGAAUUCUUUGUACAGUGAUCCAUGAAAAUAAGGAAUACUGAGAAUUUUCUUGACCAUGACCAUCGCCAUGUAUCUAUUAGCUUCUUUCUUAUUACAUACAAGCUGUAGUUAUUUCUCUUCCUUGACUCUCGUCUUAGUAGUCUGUCUGUAAGAGAUUUCCAAUAGUUGAACCACUUACUUGCAUACCA